CUCGAGUCGAUUGACGGACAGACAGACAGACAGACAGACAGACAAGAGAUGAGAUGAGAUGAGAUGAGACGAGCAUCGUGAGAGUGUGGACAGGCGAGAGAGUGAGAGUGAGUGCAAGAGUGAGACGGAUGGGGUAGAGAACGAAUGGGCGGAUACGCCACGGCAGACGCGCGGACGGACGGACAAACACGGCUGGCUGGCUUGCUGGCUGCUGGUAGGCUGUGGUGUGUCCAUCAGUCCAUCCAUCCAUCACUUGCUCUUCCCCUUUGGGGGCGGAUCGGGGAUCUGCACCUCCGGGUGGUAGCGGUUGAUCUCCUUCAGAAACGCAUACCUAACACACACACACACACAACCAUCAGACACGCCUUGCUUGCCGCCUCGUCUUGCGUGUGGUGUGCUGUGGUGGUGUGCCGGCGCACGUACCGCAGCUGUGGCUCGUCCAUGCUCUCCCAGUCGUCGAAUGGCAGCUUCACCUUCUCCUUCGCCGUCAUUUGCUGGACCAAUAUGGACAGACACAAGGACGGACGUGUGUGACGGCAAUCGUAGCGUCGCGUCUGUGCGGGCUGAUUGACUGUGUCACCUCGACGUUGUGGUUUCUUAUGUCUUUGAAGAGCGGGUGUGCGAGUGCCUCGUCGAUGCCGACCCGCUUGGAUGGAUUGAACACCAACAUGCGCUUCAACAGAUCCACCGCCUCAGCUGCACACGGCGCAAGAGACAAUAGAAUGCACCAGACACCUGUGUAUGUGUUUGUGCGUGUGUGUUGGCUACGUGAAGCGGCCGGGAAUCGGUGGGCGAUGUUGAUGCCCUCUCGCUGGUGGAAUAUGCGGAUGUAGCUGACCAGAGAACAGAGGCAGCAACACAGACACGCACGACACGGAGAGAGUGAGAGUGGAGCAGGCAGCAGACAUCGAUUGAUGGUGUGUGUCCGUUGGCCAUGCAACUGACCGCUUGGCGUCUUCCUUCUCGAGUGCCUCGAUGUCCUCGUCGCCGGGCGUGCCGAUGAUGUUGAAGAUCAUGUUGAGCUGGUCACGGUUGCCCCGAGUGUGGAACCUAUGUGUCACACACAUGCCAUGAUGUACUCUGGCGCGAGUGUGUGAUUCUGUCUGUCUGUCUGUCUGUGAGUGUGUGUGUGUGUGUGUGAGUACUUGUAGUCAGUAGCGUGCUUCUGGUCGGGGGAGAGGGGGAAGCACGAGGAGCCGGGGAACAGCGGGCCGCGGUCCGAGUGGUACGGCACAUUCUCCUUCUGCAAUACAUCCAUCCAUCAAACCAAUCACACUCUUACAGGAACCUCUCUCUCUGGGUGUCUGUGUUAGUGUAUGUGACCAUCAUGUUGAGGAGCUCAGCGAAGAUGCAUCCGAUGGACCACACGUCGAUGGCGUCCGUGUAGUUCUCCUGGAGCAAAAUCAAUUCUGGCGCCCGGUACCACCUGUCAGCCACCACCCAGGGAGGGCAUCACAACAAACACGGCAGAACGGCAUGAGCGAGCCACGCCCGUCGGCCAGGCAGUCGGUGCGGUGGAACAUUGUGUGUCUUGUUGACUGACUAACCGUGUGACGACGUGUCCGGUGAGUUGCCGCUUGAGGUUCUUGGUGUGGGGCACGCCCAUCAUCUCCUGCUCGUCCCUGCAGCCAGCACAAGACCAGACCAAACCACACACAGAUGGUGUGUGUAUAUGGCUCCCUCUGUCUGCGCGUGUGUGCGUUCGUGUGUGCCAUACCGUGGUGAGUUUGGCAGUUUGGGGUCGACCGACUUGUCCACCGUGCGGGCCAGACCGAAGUCACUGGAUAUAUCAGUCACAGUCACAUCAGAGGUGAAACGAACGGCCUCUCUGCACGUGUGUGUCGGUGCGUCGAUCGAUGCGUCGGUUGUCUCACCAGACUUUGACGGAGCAAUCCUGGUUCACCAAACAGUUGGCGGGCUUCUGCACACAGACCAAGAAGCACACAAAGGGCAGCUAUGCUUCUCUUUCUUCUCGUCCUGCAGUGCCGCUGUGUGUGUGUGUUGGGGUGGCGUACGAGGUCCCUGUGGUAGAUGCCUGCUGAGUGGACAUACUUGACGCCCACGAUGAGGUUGUACAGCAGCGUCUUGAUGUGCAGCUCCGACAGAUACACCGGCGUCCUGCGCACAUAGUGAGUGACGUGGAUCAAUCAACCAAUUAAUCACUCACUCACGACCGCCUGCCUGGCUGCCUGGCUGCCUGGCUCGCUCGCUGAGUGAUUGACCCACCUGAAGAGCUUCUUGAAAUCGCUAUCGGCAAUCUCCAGCACCAGAUACAGCUCCUGACCAAGAACAAGUGGCAGGCACCACACAGACAGUCCAGCCCCCAUCAGUCCGUCCCCCUGUGCCAAUCUGUCGCGUACGUCGAAUUUCUGGACGUCUUGCGGGACGCAUAUGUCGAGGACUUUGACGAUGUGGUCGUGAUUGAGUCGGUUGAGGAUGGCGAUCUCUCGGAGGAUGCGCUUGCAGUCGAUCAGGUCCUCGAACACCCGGUGGAUCUUCUUGAUGGCCACCACGCGCUUCUCCUUACGGUCGUACGCCUCGCACACGUGACCUGAACGAGCCAAUCAAUCAAUCAAUCAACCAACCAACCAAUCAAGGAAGCAACACCGGCUGAGCGUGUGGAGGCCAUACAGUACACCCGUCUCUGCACUGCAAGCAGCUGUCUGCUUUCUGUCUGGGCUUCCCCCCCAUCUCCCUCCCUCAGCAACCUAUCACUGCGGCCUGCCUGUCUGCCUGAGGCAAGUGCGUCAGUCAGUCAGCCACCCAGCUAGCACUGGAGCCCCGCACCAUCCCCCCUUCCCCGAGGCGCGUGUCAGUGUGUGCCUACCGUAUGAGCCCGUGCCGAUGAGGUGUCGUAUUUCGUAUCGGUCGGGGAUUUGCCAGUCCGAGUGAGGCCGGGGGAUGGCCGCUGUCGGCUUCGCCAUUCUUCCUUGAGGGGGUCAGGUCACGGGACGAAAAAAAUUGAGUCAAGGGGUGCGGUGGGGAGAGCUGACUGGCCGGCUGUCCUGUUUGUUCAGUCAGCUGCAGACCCCCUCAGUUUCAAUCACACGAGGCCGAGCAAGGCCUUUGCUUCUUCAGUUGUCAGACGACGGGACCACCUCUUGUUCGCCGUCCCUCGCCGCGAGCGGGAGCAUUCCCUGACACACGCGAAUC